CUUCUGAAAGCGCUUUAACAACACACAUGCAAACGCACGAUGGCGAGAUACCAUUCAAUUACAGUCAUUGCUCCUCCUCAUCCAGUAUUGAAGAUAAUUUAAAGAAACACAUGCGAACGCAUACUGGUAAUGAGAAGCUACUUAGUUGCAAUCAUUGCUCCUCCUCUUUCAGUAGUAAAGACGAUUUAAAGAUGCACAUGGGAACGCACACUGGUGAGAAGCCAUUCAGUUGCAGUCAUUGCACGGCAUGCUUUUCUCACAAAAAGUCUUUAACGGCACAUGUUCGCACGCAUACUGGUGAGAAACCAUUCAGUUGCAAUCAUUGCUCCUCCUCUUUCAGUAGAAAAGACUAUUUAGAGAUGCACAUGCGAACGCACACUGGUGAGAAACAAUUCAGUUGCAGUCAUUGCUCCUCCUCUUUCAGUAUUAAAAACAAUUUAAAGAUGCACAUGCGAACGCACACUAGUGAGAAACCAUUCAAAUGCAGUCAUUGCCCGGCAUGCUUUUCUCACAAAAGGUCUUUAACGGCACAUGUUCGCACGCAUACUGGUGAGAAACCAUUCAGUUGCAAUCAUUGCUCCUCUUCUUUCAGUUGUAAAGACUAUUUAAAGAUACACAUGCGAACGCAUACUGGUGAGAAGUCAUUCAGUUGCAGUCAUUGCACAGCAUGCUUUUCUCACAAAAAGUCUUUAACGGAACAUGUUCGCACGCAUACUGGUGAGAAACCAUUCAGUUGCAAUCAUUGCUCCUCCUCUUUCAGUAAUAAAAACAAUUUAAAGAUGCACAUGCGAACGCACACUGGUGAGAAACCAUUCAGUUGCAGUCAUUGCACAGCAUGCUUUUCUCACAAAAAUUCUUUAACGGAACAUGUUCGCACGCAUACCGGUGAGAAGCCAUUCAAUUGCAGUCAUUGCACGGCAUGCUUUUCUCACAAAAAGUCUUUAACGGAACAUGUUCGCACGCAUACUGGUGAGAAACCAUUCAGUUGCAGUCAUUGCACAGCAUGCUUUUCUCACAAAAAGUCUUUAACGGAACAUGUUCGCACGCAUACCGGUGAGAAGCCAUUCAGUUGCAGUCAUUGCACGGCAUGCUUUUCUCACAAAAAGUCUUUAACGGAACAUGUUCGCACGCAUACUGGUGAGAAACCAUUCAGUUGCAAUCAUUGCUCCUCCUCUUUCAGUAUUAAAAACAAUUUAAAGAUUCACAUGCGAACGCACACUGGUGAGAAACCAUUCAGUUGCAGCCAUUGCACGGCAUGCUUUUCUCACAAAAGGUCUUUAACGGCACACGUUCGCACGCAUACUGGUGAGAAACCAUUCAGUUGCAAUCAUUGUUCCUCCUCUUUUCGUAUGAAAAAUCAUUUAAAGAUGCACGUGCGAACGCAUACUGGUGAGAAACCAUUCAGUUGCAGUCAUUGCUCCUCCUCUUUCCGUAUGAAAAAUCAUUUAAAGAUGCACGUGCGAACGCAUACUGGUGAGAAACCAUUCAGUUGCAGUCAUUGCACAGCAUGCUUUUCGCACAAAAAGUCUUUAACGGAACAUGUUCGCACGCAUACUGGUGAGAAACCAUUCAGUUGCAGUCAUUGCAUGGCAUGCUUUUCUCACAAAAAGUCUUUAACGGCACAUGUUCGCACGUAUACUGGUGAGAAACCAUUCAGUUGCAGUCAUUGCACGGCAUGCUUUUCGGACAAAAGUAAUUUAUCAAAGCACAUACGGACGCAUACUGGUGAGAAACCAUUCAGUUGCAAUCAUUGCUCCACUUCUUUCAGUAGUAAAGACUAUUUAAAGAUGCACAUGCGAACGCACACUGGUGAGAAACCAUUCAGUUGCAGUUAUUGCACGGCAUGCUUUUCUCACAAAAAGUCUUUAACGGAACAUGUUCGCACGCAUACUGGUGAGAAACCAUUCAGUUGCAGUCAUUGCUCCGCUUCUUUUAGUAGGAAAGGCACUUUAAAGGUGCACAUGCGAACGCACACCGGUGAGAAACCAUUCAGUUGCAGUCAUUGCAAGGCAUGCUUUUCUACUACAAGUAAUUUAUCAAAGCACAUCCGGACGCAUACUGGUGAGAAACCAUUCAUUUACAAUCAUUGCUCCUCCUCUUUCAGUAGUUAAGACAAUUUAAAGAUGCACAUGCGAACGCACACUGGUGAGAAACCAUUCAGUUGCAAUCAUUGCUCCACUUCUUUCAGUAGUAAAGACUAUUUAAAGAUGCACAUGCGAACGCACACUGGUGAGAAACCAUUCAGUUGCAGUUAUUGCACGGCAUGCUUUUCUCACAAAAAGUCUUUAACGGAACAUGUUCGCACGCAUACUGGUGAGAAACCAUUCAGUUGCAGUCAUUGCUCCGCUUCUUUUAGUAGGAAAGGCACUUUAAAGGUGCACAUGCGAACGCACACCGGUGAGAAACCAUUCAGUUGCAGUCAUUGCAAGGCAUGCUUUUCUAAUACAAGUAAUUUAUCAAAGCACAUCCGGACGCAUACUGGUGAGAAAUCAUUAAUUUACAAUCAUUGCUCCUCCUCUUUCAGUAGUUAGGACAAUUUAAAGAUGCACAUGCGAACGCACACUGG